AGCAGCCACGGGAUUUGGGUAUAAAGAGGCUGGAUGUCGCCAGAAGAACUAAUAUUCUCUCAUCAUCACCAUCACUACCAUCACCGCAGUAAACCCUCGUCAAGCAGUUGCUUUCACAGUCAGUAUCUCCAAGAUGCGCUUCUCUAUCAUAGUUUCCGAGGUCAUCGCCUUCCACUCGGUGGCGGUCUUUGCUGCCCCGAAUGAGAUUACUCCCAGGGAGAAUCCCGUUGCUAUUCCAGCCAAGCUCAUUCCCGAGUCAAUCGUCAACGCCACCGCCUUGGGUGUUGAUGUUUGGGGUCCAGUCCCUGACGAUGCUACAAAAGGUGACGGUUUCUACACCGCUACGCCAGGAACCCUCGGCUGGGCCUGGAUUCGUGCCCAGCAAGACCUCGGUUCAUAUGAGGACGUGCUUGAGUCUAGGGGGCUGCUGCCGUCCGCUGCCGUUGAAAAGCGCCAAACCACAAGCAUCACGGUGAACGCAUAUUCGGGGGAUUGGUGCACCGGCAGCGCCUGGCACUUCACAAACCCAGCAUACAACGUCCGCGUGCUUCCCUCCGAGAAUUCUUUCUGGUACAGCUUCGGUUUCUCAUACCGCACGCUUCGGGCCAACGAAAAUGUCCAGCUGAGACGCGGCCCAUACAAUGGUGACAGAUGCCAGACGUGGCAUGGAACAAUCAACGGCCCCACCCAAGCCGGUAUAUGCUGGCAGAUUGCAUCCACCACCUGCUUCGAGAUGAAGCAGACUUGAGCAGCCAUCUCCGCGCAACCCAUGCUUUGCGUUCUUGCCUCUCUCGUUCCCGUCUUGCUGCUUCUUCCUCUUGACGCCGUUUUUGUUCCUUCAUUUUCUCUUCUGUUUCUAAGUUUAGUGACACAUUAGCGAUGUACAAGAUAGUUUCAUUGAUCCAUUGAAUGCGAGAUACAUACCUCGGUCCUUCGGCUUCUUUGGGCCCUGUGGUGCAUUGACAGCUGGUACCGCGGCUGGAUCGUAAUCAUCCUCAUAGCCCGGUAACACGUAGACGGUA